UAGUUUUAAAGGCCCAACUGUAAUAAGCUGCUAUGGAAUGGGUGUGUACGCCGUUGGAAUGUCUACUUUCUACAGGAAACCUAAAGUUUUGCCUUCUGAUUCUUAAUCAGCCUUUGAAUGAAGACCAUUUUUAUCAUUUGUGGAAUAAAGCGGUUCUGAGAGCAUGUGCUGAUGGAGGUGCCAAUUAUUUGCACUGUAUCACCGAUGGGAACCGUGACAGUUUUCUGCCUGAUUAUAUCAGUGGGGAUUUUGACUCUAUUUUACCUGAAGUAAAAGAAUAUUAUACAGAGAAGGGAUGUGAGCUCAUAGAGACACCAGAUCAAGACUUAACAGAUUUCACCAAGUGCCUUCAGAUACUUCAACAGAAGAUAGAAAAAAGCAGUUUGCAGAUGGACAUGAUUAUAACUUUGGGUGGACUUGGAGGUCGCUUUGACCAAAUCAUGGCAUCUGUGGAAACUCUCUUCCAUGCAGUUAAGAUAACCUCUUUUCCCAUCAUAGUUAUUCAAGAGUGUUCCUUAAUAUAUCUACUUCAACCUGGCAAGCACAAACUUCUUGUGAACACAGGACUUGAAGGGAAGUGGUGUGGUCUAAUUCCAGUUGGGAAUCCUUGUGAAUGUGUAACAACAACAGGUCUAAAAUGGAACCUCAAUAGAAGUAUUUUGAAGUUUGGAACACUUGUCAGCACAUCAAACACUUAUGACAAAACUGGAAUAGUGACCAUUGAAACUGACAAGCCUUUGCUUUGGACAAUGGGAAUCAAAGGUAAAGGGGAUGCUUGAAAGAUUGUCACCCUACUUAAUUCAACUUGAAAUUCAAAAAUGAAUUUUCUGGAAUCUCACCCACUAGGGAACUGAAUUUUUCCCCCCUGCAAUUAUUUCAUUAUACUUUUAUAAAAAUUCAACAUUUUACGUAAUUGGUUUUUUAAAUGAAGCUUCAUUCUAUUGAAUGCCAUAAAUUUUAUGAUAUUUUUCUUCUUGAAGCAAAGAUGUAUGUUUUUAAAGCUGGAAAUUGAAUGAUUUUUUAAAUGUAACCAAUGCAUAGAAAAGUUGUUUUAAGUUAUGUACUGCUAAGAUGGAUAAUCAAAAAUAGAUAUAUAUAACAUUCCACGUUGUAUUCCAGCUGUUGCUCCUAUGCUCAAACUCUUUAGCAAAACUUUGCUAUUGGUUAGAAUAAACAGUGCCUCUUAUUAGUUACUAAUAUGUAAUAAAUUACUGUGACUAAAAAUGCAUGCAAAAUUAAUCUAGAAGAUGCCAUACAAAUCAAAAAUUGCAUGGGAGUACAACA